CCGUCAGCGUCAACGCAUCCGUCAUGUACUAAAAAGGCUGACGGACGCAUUGACGCAGCGCAUGCGCACAAUCAUACGUCAUGCGUUGCGUUUUGACAGUAGCAUAAUCUCGUUGCAAUCAUUUGUUUUGGCAAAAGAAUUGAUAUAAAAAAAACUCCGAAAAAAAUUCUAUUAGAAAUGGAAGAAAUUCUGGAGGUGCUUCAAGUGUUGGACGAAUUGAGGAAGGCGAUCAAUUAUUCUAUAAAGCAUCCUCGUAGAACUCCGCGCAGGUGGUGGGUUCGGCCAUCAAAUGAAAAUCGCGAUACCGAAGGAUUCUUUGAAACGGAAUAUAUGCUGAUGAGGAACAGAGAUCCGGAGUAUUUCAUUAAAUCGGUCCGUAUGAAUCCAGAUGCAUUCGAUUUACUGCUGAGCAAGGUUGGUGGUCGUCUUGAAAAGUUUUCUUGGCGGAAACCGAUUUCACCGGAAUGCAGAUUGUUUAUGACUCUUAUGUUCCUCGCUCAUGGAUCCUCUGUCUAUGUGACUUCGAGGCUAUUCCGGAUGGGUGAAUCAACGGUACGGUUGAUAGUGUACGAAGUUUGCGAGGUUUUGUGGGAUUCGUUGGUGGUUGACUAUAUGCCUGAAGUUGACAAAGACAAAUGGAGCAUGUACAGCCAGGAGUUCUAUGAUCAAUGGAAUUUUCCCAACUGCUGUGGAGCCAUAGAUGGAAAACAUGUUUCAAUCCAAUGUCCGCCGAACAGCGGAUCGUUGUUUUUCAAUUAUAAACAUUUCCAUUCUAUAAAUUUAAUGGGCGUUUGCGAUGCAAAUUAUAACUUCAUUGCUAUCGAUGUUGGAGGAUAUGGCGGUAAUAGCGAUGGAGGAAUAUUUGCAUAUUCUGAAUUUGGGAGGCGAUUGGUGAAUGGCGCAUUGGAUUUGCCAGCACCAGGCAAGUUGCCUGGGUCAAAUGAAGUGAUGCCAUAUUUCAUUGUUGGGGAUGCAGCAUUUCCUCUCAAGAAUAACCUGCUCCGGCCAUAUCCAGGUGUUAACUUACCUCCAAUUCAAGACAACUUCAAUCAACGACUGUCCAGAGCCAGGAGAACCAUCGAAAACAGCUUUGGAAUUCUAGUGGCGAGGUGGAGGAUUUUGAAGAACACAUUAGUUAUGCUUCCAGGCUCGGUUGACAAAAUUGUGAAAGCUUGUGUCAUUUUGCACAACUUUGUUAAGAGGAAUUCAGCGAAUGAUUACUGCCCGCCAUGCUUCGUAGAUCAAGUUGAUGGUGAUGGGAACGUUAGUGAACCUGGUGAAUGGCGUACAUUAGUUGAUCCUCUGAGAAGUAUCAACUCUGCGGCCCUUCAAAGAGGCAACAAUGCGACGCGAUCCGCAUACGCUAACCGAGAUGUGUUGGCCAAACAUGUAUUCGAGCGCCCAAUUUAGUUAAAUAAUUAUCAAUUCACACAAUAUUUGAAAGGAAAUAUAAAAUAUAAAUUGUCUACAAAACUCUUUCACUAGUUGUAUUUUAUUGGGAAUAUUCACUGAA